AUGGAUCGGCCGACGCGGCUUCCGCUCUUGACGCCCGACACGGCCAGUGCCAUCAACCGCAGCAAGACGCCGCUGCGACGCCCCCGAAGCCUUCUGCACACGCCACCACCGACCCCCGCCGAGCUCGCGUCGGUCUGGUCCUUCUUGAGCGCCUGGGUGCAGCGAAUCGUCGAGGGCGAUCAGAGCGCAGCCUCCAUCCCGGGCUUUGGUAUCGUCUUUAUCCACGUCCAUGGCCAUAGCAUCCGCAUUCCUCAUUUCGCGACCCACGGGCCCUUUGCGACGCGGCACGGACUCAAGUUUGAAGACGUGAGCGCGCUCGUGCCGCUGCAUCGCGUCGUGUCGCUGGCCUUUCGCGACAUUGCGGCCCACUGCCACGUCGACGAGUAUACAGCCAAGUCGUGGCUCGAGCACUUGGUGCAAAAUGUCGGCGAGCGCAUGCGGUCGUCGCCUCUCGUCGAGCUCGGCCUCGGGAUUGGCACGGUCACUUGCAAGCAGCGUGCCAUCGAUGGACACAUGGCCCAAAAACAGCAGGGCACGAUGGACCCCGACAUUCGUCCUGUCGAGCCCGCGACCAAGCGUCCGCAACCACCACGGUCACUCUUGGCGCCGUCGCAAGCCUUGUUCCACGUCUUGCCGUCCCCAGAGAAAACAAUCACGAGUACGCCGCUCAAACCAACGGCACCGGGCAGUCCGCGCGCCGACCAGCUCUCGGGACUCUCACGCCGGGCGCGCGCACUCGCCCAGGCCAUCGCGCCACUCAGCCCGCGCGUAUCGCUGCAAAAGCGAUGUGCCGACGCGAUGCCGUGGCAGCUCGAAGUCAAGAACCAAGACGUUGUGCUCGACUGCCCCGAGCUGGAUGCGAAAUACCCGCCGCUGCUGGACCCGUUUUGUCGCACGCUGGGCGUCGAGCAGGUCGACGCGAUCGAAAAGUUUGCAUCGAGCGACCGCAUCGGGAGCAACUACUCGCUCCCCGCUGCCCACCUCGUGAUCCGAAAGCACCUCCCGACCCCGACAGCGUCGCCGCUCGUCUUUUUAAACACGCCCAACGAGCCCGAUGCCAUGGUUGGGCUGCCAGCGCUUGACAUCGCGUUCCACCCGGUGGCGGCGUCGCCCCCGAAAAUCGAGCUCCCGCUCGUCACGACGUCGGGCAAGCCCGUGUUUUCACCGCUGCCAGCAACGCUCCCCGUUGCAACAAGGUUGGUGACGACGGCGCCCAGCAUGGCCGAGAACGACGGCGCGGCAGCGCGGUACCAGUACUACCUCGAGCACGUCAUUAGCACCAAGGACAUUGUACCGAUGAACCCGCGCUGGACCGAGCACAUCCAGAAGCUCGUGGCGCGGGCGCUGCAGCAGCUUCCGCAAGCGCGGGCCGCGGCGAUUCUGCGUGCCAUGUUUGACGAGACGGUCGCAAAUUACUACUUUAGUAUCAAGAAGGCUGUCCUCGACUACCUCUUGCUGCGCGAAGGAACCCAGCGCCGGCUGCACAUUCCGGGUGGCACGCCAGCCAUGUAUCAAGUCCAAAUGAAGUGGAAGUGGGGCGAAGGCUACGCGCACGCGAUUGCUCCGACCCGCGGCUGGAUCGACCGCAAGCUCUUGGCGAAAGACCAUUUGAGUCAGUACCUCAUGGUCCUCGACAGCCACUUGCUCGCGCUGCAUUAUGUAUGGGGUGACUUUGAGAAGCUCCUCCUCGUGGACUUGCCGAGUACGGACGAGCUCGCGUCGCACUUGGUGCCCAUGGACAUCAAGACGUUCGAGAAGCGGCAGCUCACGCAAGCCGCGCACGUCAAGCGCCUCCUUCUCGACAAGUGGUUCAACACCGCCAAGCGCAUUCUGACCACCGCCAAGAACGAAGACGUCCUCGCGUCCGCGCUCUUACAGCCCAAGCACUACUUUGACUGCGUCGCGACGCUCAUGUCGCUGCAGUUGCGCGGCCUCGUCGUGCGCUCGAUUGACGCCUACGUGGCCUUUUUCCGCAAGCACGCAUCGAGCAGUCCGCUCAGAGGUCUCCUUCUCUCGCUACAGCUCGACCACACCGCCAUCAACUUUGCCACGUCGCUCGAGGAUGCGACGGCGGCGCUGCUCAACGUGCUCUUUAACAUUCCCGCCUGCUUUACGCACGUCGACCGCGUUGAAACCAAGUUUGAGCCAUCGAUUAUCCUCGGUGGGUCACCGUUCCUCUGGGGCGUCGGGCUCCACGAAGACGAGGUCGUCCGCGCCGCCGACGAAAUCAAGGCCCUCUUGUCGCUCAGCAUGGCGCACGCCAGCAGCGUCCGGGCCAACUAUGCGCGAUACGCCAUGGUCGCGGCCGGCGACGUGGCGCUGGAAGCUUUUAUGGCGGCGCGCCACGACAUUGCAGCGUACGCUGCCGAGAUUGGCAAGUUUAUGCGCUUUGCCAUGCAAAUUGCCGCCGAGCCCAACCAGGGACAGUGCCCGUCUGGCUUGUUCCACGUCGACUGCACGUCGCUGAACGCGGGCUUGAUCCAGAAAGCGUCUCGCUUCAUCCAGGCGCUCUUCCAUGCGUUUUCCCAAGCCACGAUCCAGAUCAACAUGGACAUUCGACAGCAGUUUAAACUCAUGGUGAGCCGCCUCUCCAAGAAACCAGUGGAUCUGUACGAGCUCGUUGACGCCGAGGCGUACUUGACCAAGCUGCGAUCACAGGAGCUCCUCGAGCUCUUUCGUAGCGUGCAGGACGUCAAGCACCGCAUUCAAUUUCUCAUCGAGCAGGUCGAGCUCGUGCCGUCGUGUCCAGUUCUCUCGGGGCUCUCGGUCGCGUCCGAGCUCCUCUCGUCGACGGCCAAGACGUUUGAAUGGAAGAACCAAAUUGAAAAAGUGAUUCGGGAUGGCGAAGUCGCGCUCCAGAACGAGCGCAUGCGCAUCGAGACGACCUUUAUCGCCAAGCGCUCGCGCUUCCAGGCCGAGCUCGAAGAGCUCGAGUCCGAAGUCAACUCGUUUCAGAAGAAGAGCGAUUUGCGACACGCCACCACGUAUGUGGGGCAGCUCACUAAAGUGCGCGAUGCGAUUCUGCAAGCGCGCCACACGAUCGAUACGAUCGCCGACGAGGAAGCCAAGCUCGGACGCUCGAACCCUACGACCAGCUCUGGCGCACCGCCCGCGCUGCUCAAGCUGCGCGACGUCACCGAGCUCCUCUCCGAGACGGGCAAGGCCUGGGCCUCGAUCGAGCCGCUCUUCGCAUCCAAAGCCGACGUCCCAGUUCUCGACAAGGCGUCGCCCGAAGCCAAGAAAUUCGCACUCGCCGAUAGCCACUGGCGCAGCAUCAUGGCCGCGGUGGUCGCGCGGCCGCUCUGUUUGGCCGUCAUCCAGAUCGACAAGGCAGCCGAUCGCUUGCGCGAGUGCCAAGCGCUCCUCGAAAACGUCCUCGAAGGCCUCCACAUGUGCUUGGAGCUCAAGCGCACGCUCUUUCCUCGGUUCUUCUUCCUCUCGGACGCCGAGCUCAUUCGCGCGCUCUCGACGCACCCGGACGCACUCACGACGCGCAAGCGAUCGUACCUCUCGUGCUGCUUUCCAGGCAUUGGGCGGCUCGAGCUCAAUGGUGCGAAGGAGAUCACAAACGUGAGCAGCUCGCUCGACGAGUCGAUUGCACUCUCGCAGGUCGUGCCGACCGAGAAGGUGGCGACGGACAGUUGGCUCGCCCGCCUCGAGCAAGGCUUGUACACGUCGAUGCAGCGACUACAGCAAAAAGAUUUUCGGAAAUGGUACCUUCUCUGGCCCGAACAAACGGUGCUCGUCAUCGAGCGCUACAUGUUUACCAACAAGAUCGAAAGCGCCUUACGGGAGCCGAGCUCGAGUGCCGAUGCGCGCUCGCUUCGGCCCCACAAACUUCAAGACUACCUCUCGACCGAGCUCGAGCCCCGCCUUGCGGACCUCACACAAGAGCUGCGGGAAGGCACGCACACACUGCUCCACCGGAUCAACCUCGUGACCAACCUCAUUGCGCAGCUUUUACAUGCCCGCGACUGCACCGCCGACCUCAUCGCGCACGAGGCGCACCUUGCGAAUGCCGACGCGUUUGUCUGGCAGUCGCAGCUCCGGGUGGCGUGGAACGACGGCAACGUCCUUCUCAAAGUGCUCAAGUCCUCCGUGCUCUACGGCAACGAGUACCUCGGCAGCGCCACGACGUGGAUUGUGACCCCCAACACACUCAAGGUCGCACGCGUUGUGUGCAGUGCGAUGGCGAUGGCCAAAGGGUCGGCGGUGGUCGGCGCGUCGAGCAUCGGCAAGGCCACGACGUUGCACAUGCUCGCGAGUGCGUGCGGGAAACUCUGCAUGGCCUUUGAGUGCGUCGCCCACAUGGACGCGUUUACGCGCAUCAUCAAGGGGGCCGCGGCCACCGGCACGUGGCUACUACUGCGCAAUGCGCACAACGUCUUUAAUCAUGCCAGCAUCGGAGUCCUCACGGACCUCCUGCACCGCGUACAAGAAGCGACCAGUCUGCGCGAGGCGUCGGUGAUGCUGCAUGGCACCAAGCUCCGUCUUCGGCGCGGUGUCCACAUCGCUGCUACGUUUACGGCGUCGCAGCUGCCGCGCACGCACGAUGCGUUCCUAAGCCUCUUUCGCCCCGUGACGCUGAUUGCACCCGACGUAGAGAUGGUGUGCCGUAUCUUGUGCGACCUCGCGGGCUUUGGGAACCCCGAGAUGCUCGGCAAGCAGGUUGCGUUUGCACUGGCGACAGCCGCCAAGCUCUUUCCUCUCGCAGCGACCUACAUGCAGUCGCUCCGCGUGGUCAAGAACGUCGUCGAUCGAGCGAAGAAACUCGUGUUGAAAGAGCACGCGUACGAUGCGGCGUCACCAGCGGAGCUCGUCUCGAUCGAAGGCGCGAUGCUCCUUCACGUGCUCGGCGACGUCCUCUCAAGUGUGAUUCCGCCGUCGGACGCGACAGCAAGUACCUUGCAGAGCUUCCUCGAGACCCUUGCCUCAACCCCACUGCUGCACAAAUCGCAAGACUUGCCGCAUGAUGUGAUGACGCUCGCGCUCCAAGCGCAUCACGUGAUGGCAACGCCGUCGUUUCUGCUCAAGUUGCAGCAGCUAUACACAGCGCUCGGUCGUCCCCAAGGCGUCGUGCUGCUUGGUCCGACCAUGAGCGGCAAGACGACGCUGUAUCAAACGCUCGGCCACGCGCUGCGGCUUGUCGACGAGCGCUUGAACCCGUACGCCCACCAUCAAAAUAGACGGUCCGGGUCUGCCGACUGUGUCGCCAUGUACCAAGUGGUGUCUCCGAGGAGCUUGUCAAUCGAUGAGCUCUACGGCCGACUUUUGCCGAAUAAAACCUUUGACGAAGGCGUGCUCACGCUGCUCCUUCGGCGUCUUCACGCGCGUAGCAAGCUCGAGGCCCACGGGCGCUUCUGGCUCGUCAUGGAUGGCGCGCUGAGUCCGUCCUGGACCGACGGAUUGCACUCGCUCCUCGAGCAAGAUGGCUAUUUAAGCCUGUUGUCGGGCGAGCGCCUCGCGCUGCCGCCACAGACGCGUCUACUCUUCGAGUCGACGAGCCUCGUGCAUGCGUCUCCUGGCGUCGUGACGCGGACGGCGAUCGUUCACGUUGCGGCUUCCGACCUGAGCUGGCAGCAGCUCUACGAUAGCUGGUGGGCCAAGCAGGACGACGCGCUCAAGGAGCUCACGGAUGUCAAGGACGCGAUGGACAGCGUGCUCGACUUGAUCGAUCCGUGCCUUCAGUUUGCAACGCUGCACUUUCGUGCCUCGUCCUUUGGCCCGAGCAGCCUCGGGCGUAUGCAGAGCUUCUUGGCGAUUCUCGGUGCGAGCGUCCGCGCGGCGUGGCCCAAGAUGGCGUCGAUGACGGUCAAGCAGCUCUUCUCGGUCGGGCACUGCGCGUUUCUUCUCGGACUCGUUUGGGGCAUUGGCCACACCUCCGCCCAUGACGAGCGCGUGAAAUUUGAUAAUUUUCUGCGCGCGCUCGCCGGGGAGCCGACGGCGACGACGGUUGCCGCCACGUCCCCGACACCCGUGCCCCGGGGCAAGCGCUUCCAGCUCUUUUUCCCGUCCAACCGCCCCGAGCUCGUGUACGCCUUUGGCCUCUCGGUGGACUGGGGUUUGAAGUGGGAGCUCUGGACCGACAUUGUGCCUCCUCGACUGCUCUCGGUGCCGAUGCCACUCCGCUCGAUCAAGGAACUCUUUAUUCCCACGGCCAACAGCACGGCCGUAUUGCACUAUACGGAGCUAUUUGUGCAGACCGCGCAGCACGUGCUCUUGAUGGGACCCCCAAGCACGGGCAAAUCGGCGGUCGUCGACGCCCUCUGCACGCAGAGUCUUCUCCGGCAGCGCGAUGAAAGAGUGUUGACGACCAAGGCCUCUGUAUUUGCACUCGUGCCCUGCGGCGUGCGCACGUCGCCGAGCUCGCUCCUCUCGAGUCUCCAGGACCACCUCGAACGCUCGCGUAAGAACGAAUUGUCGGCGCCGCCCCACAAGACCUGCGUGCUGAUCCUCGACGACGUGAGUCUCCCGUCCGAUCAAGAUGGCACGCUGGCUUUUCUGCGCCACCUCUUGUCCAACGGUGCGAUGUACGAGCCGCACACGCACGCGGAGACGCUCGUGUCGGGCAUCGUGUUCGUCGGCAGCGUGACCGAGCAGCCGUCACGGCGUCGACUUGCGUCCUCAGAGCGCUUUGUCACACGGCUCGUCCCGCUCGCCUUUCCCGAGCUGCAAGCGUCCGACAUGAACAAGCUCCUCCUCGACGUUGGCAGCUGGUGCGUCUCGUCGCGAAACCUCUCGGUGGACUUUGCCCAAAUGCUGCCGACGCUCGUCAAGGCGACGAUGCGGCUCUUUAUCAGCUGCAACGAGCGCUUCCGCGUCUCGCCCACGCGGCCACACUACCUCUUCCGGCUCGACGACAUGCUUCAAUUGACGCAAGCGGUUGCGCGCGACUGCGCCGCCACGCAGUUUAGCGACAAGACACCGCUUGUCCGGCUCUGGUGCCACGAAGCGACGCGAACGCUCGCCGAUCGACUCAUGAGUGCGACCGAUCUGGCUCUCUUCAGCGCGCUCCUCCGCGAUAUUUGCACCUCGAGCUUUGCGAUCGCCCAUGAAACCUUGUUUCCAAACGCGGUCGCGGCGGCCGCGGCGGCCAACACGGUGCUCCGGCGCGCGAGCGACGACAUGCAGGCGACGACGCACCGGUCAUCGAUGCUCGGCGCGCAGCAGGUGACGCCGGUCGCUGCGUACUUGCACGCGAACUUUCUGCGCAUCACCUUUGUGACGUUGUUGCCGUCGACCGCGUACGACGAGAUUGACGCCAGUGACAUGGUCGAGCUCUUGAGUGCGACCGUGGCCGCGGAGCUGAGCAAGCUCACCGAGACGUUGGCGCGACCCAACGCGAUCAACAACGACGUGCAGCUGCAGUUGCCCUUCUUUAUUGAGCACGUGGUACGCCUCGCUCGGGUCUUGCGCCCGCCGGCAGGUCCCGCCGCGAGCUAUCACUCACAGCAUGUACUGGUGUGGGGGCCACCCGGCACGGGCAAAGCGACCUUGUCACGGCUCGCAGCAGGCAUCGCCGGUAGCGCCGCGACGUAUCUCAACGUCCAGAACCCAUUGUUUGCCGUGCACAAGACGUGGCAGCGUGCAAUCAACGAAGCCUUGCUGCGCGCCGCGGCGCAUCCGACGGCCUCGGUGCUCGUCAUCAAGCAUGCGUUGGCGUGUCAUACUCCGGAAGACGAGACGACGCGUGACGAGUACCUCGUCGACAUGGCCGAGCUCGUCUGCGAGCGCUAUGUGCCCCACUUUGUCACCUCGAGCGACCUCGAAGCCUUGGCGCCGGCGCUGCGCGCGCUCGCGAAAAGCGACAAUAUCUUCUUGGACACGCAGUCCUCUGUCGAGGCGUACUUUGCCGAGACCCUUCGGCGGAAGCUCACGUUCGCCCUCGUGCUGACCAUGCCGGCGCACGCACCGAUGACGUGGCAGCGCCACCUGCAAGCCUCGUAUGCACAUCUCUUCCGGCACUGCCACAUACACCACGUCAGUACGUGGCCCAAGGACGUUUUACGCGCCAUGGUACAUACAACGUGCACGGACGCGGGCAUGGCCGACGCCGAGCUGUACCUGGACGCGGCCGAGGCGCUCUUUGCGUCCGCGAAAGCAUACGAGACGAACGCCUGCCCUCUCGUGCCAUCUCGUUUUGUGUUGCACAUUGCGAGCUUUGCGCGGCUCUGGCAGUCGCGCGUGCUGGCCAACGAAGAGCGAAAAGCCAAGCUCGUGGCAGCGCUCGAUGCGCUGCGGUACUUGGAACGCCUCUCGACGCGCGUCGCGCAAACGGUCAAGGGCCUCACACCUGAGAUCUCGCGCAUGUCGCAGGUCUCCCAGGGCAUCAAUGUCGGCCUCGAGACCGCGUCGCAAACGCUUCUGUCGUUGCAAGCGCAGCUGUCGGCGGAGGACGACGUUCGAGUCGCAGCGGUUGCCAAGUUGGAAUCGCUGCAAGCCGCAGCGAAUUGCACGCUGGACGCUGCGACGACAAGUGUGCUGGACGCCACGCGCAAGCUCGAGGGCCUCAACACGCAAGACAUGGCGGAGCUCUGCAGCGUGCACCCGAUGCCGCCCACCUUGCGCUACCUGCUCGAGUGCAUGUGCCGCCUCCUACGACUCGAGCCCAUCGAGACGUUUGACGAGCGCGACAUUGAAACCAAGCUCCUUGACUACACGCUGCCGGCGCGGCACUGGCGACGUGCUCGGCGUCACGCGGAGUUUACGCCCGCGUGCUUGGCCAAGCUGCACCCGUCCGGCGGGCCCAUCUGUGCGUGGGCACGGGCGAUCAUUCAGUACAAGAUGACGCACGUCAUGCUUGAGCCGCAGUAUGCGCACAUCAAGGACGCCCAAGUCAUUGUAGAUGGCUGCGAGAUCAAGUGCGCGCAGCUACGGCGCGUCGUCGACGCGCACGUGGCGACGAUGCAGGCAACGACCACGUCCCGAGCGACCACCGACACCCAAGUGCGCGAGCUCACGACGCAGCUGUCCGACUCGACCGAGUCGAGUGAGAAAGCGCAAUCGUUGCUCUCGGCGCUCGUGGUGUUUGUGAGCGCAUGGCAUCAGCGACGCGACGAGUGCAUCGAGUGGGGUGCGCGGCUACCGGCCCAUGCACUCAUGGCCACGGGGCUCGCGUCGUAUGCAGGCCACGUGCCGGCGUAUGGCCGGCACCAUUUGCUCGUGCGGUGGAUCACGUUGCUAUCCAACCUCGGGCUACCGUCGUCUCUCGGCUUGCUCACGCAAACGUCCCAUUACGCCACGUACGAUCUGCUCGUCGAGUCGGCGCUCUUGCAGCGCUGGGUCGCGAAAACUGUGCCGAUGGACGACCCGAUCAGCCAUGAGAAUGUCGCCUUCUUGGCCUCGGCCGAGACAUACCCGCUGCUCAUUGACCCGCACGAGAUAGCCUACGCAUGGGUCCUCGCCAUGACGACGGACGUGUACGCCAACGAGACGCCAUACCUUGUGCCUCCUCACAACGGCAGCCCCGAGGAAUUCGACAAGGUCCAAGACGACGUCUUUGCUGCCAUGCAGGCCGGGCGUCCCGUCCUCGUGCGCCACACCAAUCUCUCGACCAAGAGUCUCCUCUUGCCUUUUCUGCUCGCGAAACGUCAAGCCAGUCGGCUCGGGAAUGCGCGGCCCAAUUUUCUCACGCACAAGCAGUCGCUGCUCGAUUUCCCCACCGACUGGUCGCUCUACCUCUUCACGACCGACGAAGCAGCGCCGUGGCUGCCAGCGUUUGCGACUCUCACCACGCCUGUCUACAUUGAGCUGACGCCUCAGAUUGCGAGCGACCUCUUCCGAUCGCAAGUGCUUGGCAACGCCUCGAAGCACACGCUCCUGCAUUGGCAGGAGCUCAAAACGUCGUUGCACGCGGCCGAGCACGAUGCGAGUGGCUGGGAAGAUCUCUGCCUCUCGGCACUCGCCAAGGCUGGCGACGCCAUCUUGGACGACACGGCCGCGCUCUUGACGUGGCGCCACUCGUAUAGCGACGCGGUCGCCAAGCAAGUGCAGCUCUCGUACGAGCUCUCGAAAGCCACUCGACUCUCGGUGCCGCUCGACGUGGUGCGGCAGCGGUUUGUCGACUUGUGCUUGAUCAGCGACGAUUUACGGCACAAGAGUCCGCGAUACGGCGUCUCGAUCGCGUGGCUGACCCACUUGCUCACAAGUGUCCUGAGUGCGAUUGGGAAAAGCGAUGCAAUGGCCUUUCUCGAGCGCAUCACGCUGACCGUGUACCGAACACUGCACUGGGGCGUUUGCGCCGACGACCGCACGCUUCUCAAUUUGCUCUUUGCCCUACGUGGAAUGGACGGUGGCGACGACGACGAUGUCGGGCGGGAACUCGACGACAUGGAAGAGCGCGCCAAGCCGUCCUGGGCGUGGUGCUGGUCGAGCCAAGAAGAGUUUCGGUUCUUGAUCGCACCGCAGCCCGCGCCGCGUGUCGAAACGCUGCCGUUGCGCUCUCCGUCGUGGCUGCCGACGUCGCGCUGGGAGCUCUUGACGUCGUUCGGCGACAUUCUCCCAAAACCACUCCGGCGUCGCCUUCUCGCCUCGUGGAUGGACGACAACCUCAAAGUGGUCUGGAAGAGCUUUUACGAGGCCCCGAAGCCAUGGCUCAUGGAGCUACCGGUCCCGCUCUCGCCGCUCCAGCGGCUCUGCAUCGUUCGCGCGCUUCGACCGGACCAGUUUGGCGCCGAGGCCCUUGCCUUUGUUCACAGCGUCGUGCCGUCCGAGUGGCUCGCGGCUGCGUACAGCUGGAGCCUCGGCGAGAUGGCGGCGGCGGCCAGCUGUGCGACGCCGCUCAUUCUGUCGUCGCAAGGUCACGACGCGCUGGCGGCGAUCAAGGCGGCCGGCACCAGCGCCAAGGUCGACGUCGUGCUCGCCGCCCACAGCGAGCCGCUCGAGCGCGUCCUUGUUGCGACCAUGAAGACGGGGCAGUGGCUCGUGCUUCGGCAAGUCGACACCAAUCCCGACUGGCUCGAGACGCUGCACCGAGCUUACCACGGGCUAGAUAUUGCUGACGUUCACUGGGAAUUCCGGCUCUGGUUGUGCGUCGACGCCACCGACCGCGUCCCGCUCUCGCUCGCACAGCGCAGCGUGACGCGUCACAUGGCCCUCGGAGCGACCUUCCGCGAGCACCUUUUUAGCUGCGCCUACCAGCUCCAUGCGCCGCUCUCGUCGUCGGUCGCACCAGAUAUCGACGCCACCGAGGCGCUCGGAAGCCCGACGCUGGCCUCGCCCGAGUGGCUCAGUCUCUGUUUUCUUCACGCGCUUCUCGUGGCGCGCACGCAGUUUGGCGUCCAUGGGUUCAAAGGUGCCUUGUGUGUGACACCGCGGGACUUUGCCAUCGUCGUCGCGCACCCGUCCUUGGACUUGGAGUCUCUCGUGUACGGCUGCAACCUCUACUCGUCCUGGGACACCGCGUAUGUGCGCCUGCUCCUGGAACGCUAUAGCAGCGGGCAGCUCAAAGCGCGGCUGCAGCGCAUCAUCUUUGCGUGGACGUCGCCCGUCGAGCGCACGGCCAGCGUCCGCAACCUUCUUCGGCGUCGAUCGUCGUCCGCGGCCACGUCCGACAUGGAAGGACUCCUCGAGUCGGUCGAGGCGCCAAACGCGGGCCCGCUCGUCCCCAACAACAUUACGAGCUUGCCAAUCAUUGACAACCCCGUGUGGUUUGGCCUCCACGCGAGCCUCGUACACGACUUGUAUGCAGCGCUCUCGAUCGCAACACGCCUCGAGAGCACGUACCGGUACUGGCUCUGGCGCCAGUUUCCGCCAGCGAUCGCCGCGGCUGCGCCUCCCAGCCAAACGCGGGUCGAGGUCCUGCAGUACGCGUCGCUCGACAAGGCGCUCGACGCCGCGAGCCUCGAUCUCGACGUCGCUCAAAAGGUGUUUCCGCUGGCUACCACGGCACCGCUGCAUGCCAUUCUGCACGCCGAAGUCGAGAUCUUGGCCACGAUCCGAGAUCGGUUGCGAACCGACGUUCGACGUCUCCAAGAGGCACUCGUUGAUGGCGCCGGCGUGCUCCCGCCCGCCCUCGAGCCGCUACAUGCCACCGUCCUCCGCAACGAAGCACCCGCGUCUUGGCAGCACGUCGCCAACUCGGGGCAGACGACAUGGACGGGCUUUCAGGCGCACCUCAUGCGCCAGAUUCAGUUUUUUGACGACUGGGUCGCGAGUGGUGUCGUGCCCGACGUGCACUGGCUCGGCGCCUACCUCGAACCGACUCGGUUUCUCUCGGCGUGGAGCUUGCAUUUCGCCAAGAGCCUCAAUCAGCCGCUGCACACGAUAGCGCUCGAGGCUACGAUUGUAUCGACUGUGGACCGGUCGGCAGGUGGCGUCUAUGUCGACGGCGUCGUUCUCGUCGGUGCGUCCUGGCUGCCCGAUGCCACCGGUGUGCACACGCUGCAAGCACCGACGCCCGAGUCAGCGACGACGGGCCCGCUCCUCCUGCACUUUACACCGCGCACCGUACCAGCUUUAAAUGGACUCGACGGCGCUGCGUCCACGGUGCCAUUGCCCCUGCUGCGCACGGUGUUGUCCGAUGCUGCGACCGCGGGCGUCACCGAGGUCGUGCACCUCGUGUACCUCCCGAGCACCCUCUCGGCGGCCGAUGUGCUCGAUCGGGGUGUCCACCUCGCCAUUCGAGAUGCGUAG